AUUUCAAAUCCUUGUCCUUUUUCAUAGGAAAAGCUUUUUCAUGCUUUCUAAUUAUUUAUGCUUUGCUCGGCUGCAGCUUCGAACAUUAACCGGGGUUAUAAUAUCAUAACCCCUCAAGUGCACGUAGCUGAUAUCAAGCGAGCACUUGCUUUCAACGGCGAAGGGACUUACCUUGCUGGCCGAGCAAGAGCGGCUCAGGUUCUGCUGAGUUACAAAGCGUCAUACGGGGGGUUUAUUGAUCGGCGUACCCGAGCAGCGGACAACCUUGCAGCGGCUGGUCCUUCAAGACCUGUUCCCGAAGAAAGGCGUUCUCGGACACCUCCAAUCUCCGACGAACCAAUUCCCCUUGCCGAAGAAGCCUCCAGUCCCACAUCAAGUUCUUCUUCCAGCGGUUACACGCCUUCACCUCCAGCAAUGAACCAGCCAAUUGAUUUAGGGAGUCUUCUCACCAUACCUGGUCGAGGUCGUGGCGCUGCUCGGGGCCAAGAUGGCCAAGGUCGUGGCCGCCGUACUCAGACUCAGACUGAUGCUCCUCCUGGCUUUUCCCCAGAAGAAAUCGAGGCCAUCCACAGAGAAAAACGUCAACGGGUGGAACAGCCUCAAGAAAGACCCCCACCUUCCUCCUCGUCUCCUGCUCCAAUAUGGGCUCCCUCCUUCUCUCAUGGGAACCGAGCUAUCACUGCUCGGGACACUGUCGAGACCGAAGGGACUGCCCUUGCAUUGUCCCAGGCCUUUUUGUUGCCUGGGGACAUGCAAAAAGAAGUUGCAAUGUCUCCAGACAAUCUUCUCAGUUCCUUCAUGUCCCACAACGCCAAGGUGAUGCAAAAAAUGGUGGCCAUGGCUCAAAAACUUAGCCAAUCAGAGCCCCAACGAGCAAAACUUGUCAGUGAAAACUCCAAGCUCCAACGUACCAUCAUCAGGCUUGAGAGAGAAAGGAACCAGGCCCAGGGGGUUGCAGAUGGCCUGAAAGGACAGUUGAAGGGGACUGAGGACAGUCUUGCCCAGACUUUGAAGGAGCUCGAGACGUCCCAGAAUGAAGCCAAGGCUGCCUUUGAAAAGGGAUAUAACGAAGGAAUCAAAGUUGCCACAGAGAGCUACACAAACCAGAUGCCUGGAAUUCAGGAUCAAGUUUGGGUGCCGUCUUGGAGGGCCUGCCUUGAAAAAGCAGAGAUUCCUGAGUCAUCUCCACUUUGGACCAACAUUGAGCUUCCAAGCGCAGCAGCUGGUGAUCAGGAGGAAAUUGUUGAAGAGGGAGAUGAAGAACAGGUCUUGCAGACAGCGGAGCCUCCUGUUACCGAAGUGGAGCCUCAGAGUGAUAUGACCAACUCUGGCCAAAAGGAAGCCAGUGGUGGUCAACUUGAAGAUGAGAAUCUAACUGCAGCUGAAGCUCCUCCAACUGUUCCUACAACCGUUCAAGACCUGACUGAAGAUGAGUGAAUAUGUCUUUGUAUUGUGACAAUAUGUUUGGCUUUCUGUUUCUGGGCCUAGCCAAAGUGUUUAAAAAAUUCUAACAGUAUUUCGUACUUGUCUUUAAGUAUCUCGUACUUAUGCAUAUAUUUGAAUGCUUCUAAGUCUGUGCACAUUCGUUGUAUGAUUUGAACAGUUUUGUGCAUAUUCUCGUAUGCUUAUGCAU